AAUUGCGACUCGGCUCCCGCCAUCUCCCACCGUUUUUUAAGGUUGAUUUGGCCUUACUUGGCUUCCAAUAAACAAACUACUCUCACGGGACCAAGAAAACGCAAGCCGAUUCCCAUUUUUGUUCAGGAGUUAUGCUUCGUCUCUGUUUUAGACCCCGACGCUACCGUCGCCUUCUCGUCCUCCCUCGCUCCCUCUGCUCCUCCUCCUCUUCAUCUUCUUCUAAGAACCUCAGCGAACCCCCAAACAAUCUAAAAAAUCAGCACCAACCCCCUAUCCUCCACCACAACGCCCUUGUGUCAACCGCCAACACUUCCUCUUCUCCCUUUCGUUACUCUGUUCUCGGCUUCUCCGCUGCUGCCGUAACCGCUUUAAUAGCUUCUGUCGCUCUCAUCUCCUCUAAUGACCGCCGCUCCUCAGAAUCUAACCCUAGCCAUAAUACUAAUCCUCUCCACGCCGCCAUGGAACAGGCAAUUUCUAAAUCGAACGAGUCUUUCAGGAGAGUUUUUUAUCACGCUAGGCAAACGGGCGUUGCAGCAUCGGUUCUAUGGCAGUCGUUGAGGUCUGUGCUUUCCUCUGCCAACCACGAAGUCAGGGUGGGGUUCGAACUGCGAGUGGCAGCCUUGUUGGCCGAUAUUGCAGCUGCAAAUGGAGCCCGCAGAGCGGCGCUGGUUGGAGCGGGCAGCGGGAAGGUGGUGGAUUGGUUGCUGGAGACUGUGGCGGUCCGUGGAGAUGGGUGUGGCACCCAGGCUGAGGCGGCCAGGGCGCUUGCUUACUUGAUUGCGGAUCCAGAUGUGUCUGCAGAUGUGCUUGGAAGGCCUCACGCUGUGCCCUAUUUGUUACGCUUUAUAUUUUCCUGUCAGCCAAAGAAGAAGAAUGCAAGACGUAGUUCAUUCGAUAUUUGUGAUUCUUUGAAAGGUAGGAGCAUGCUUGUGGCUGCCAUCAUGGAUAUCGUCACGUCCAACUGCGACAGCAGUUUAGAAAAGGUUUCUUUCAAGCCAUCCUUGCCAGGAAAUGCUGAAACAAGGGAUGUUGCUGUAGCCAUUGAGGUCAUUGAGGAAGGCGGUUUGCAUAUGGAUGGGCCACAGGAAAAUGAAGAUGAUGACAAUGGUGGAAGGGGAAUGAAGGGUAUUGGAAUUAAAAUCCUUGAAGGUACAACAGUUUUAGGACUUACAAGAAAUAGUGGGUCAACAAAGUUGGAACAUUCUAGUUCCGGUAAUGUGGAAUCUUUUAGUCAGACUCCUAAAACCCUCAGCUUGUUACAGAAGAAAGAUGGUUUGCUAGCACAGAAUGUUUCUUCUGCUGUUGUUCCCGGACUUUGGGAUGAUCUUCAUUGUCAACAUGUUGCUGUGCCCUUUGCUGCAUGGGCAUUAGCUAAUUGGGCAAUGGCAUCUGAGGGCAAUAGAUCCCAUAUUCAGGAACUGGACCAAGACGGGCAAGCUGUCAUGACUGCCUUAAUGGCACCUGAGAGAUCUGUGAAAUGGCAUGGAAGCUUGGUAGCCCGGUUGCUAUUAGAGGACCGACAUCUGCCCAUAAGUGAUUCCAUUUCUGAUUGGAGUUGCAGUCUUCUCACAACUAUUUCUCAGGCAAGUAAAAAUGAUGAUAUUCCUUUGGCCCAGGUGGCUUUAUCUGCUUUUUUGCUUUCUGUUGAGAGGAGCCCAGAGGCACGGAAGAUAGUGAUGGAAAAGGGUCUUGAGCUGAUGAGAGAUACAACUAAGCAGACAACAAAAUACAAGCAAGUACAAGAAGCAUUAGCAAGGGCUAUGGAGUUACUUUCUACUGGGGAUACGCAUUUAUCUCUUGAAGAGAGCCAAAAGUGGUCUGGCAUUCUGCUUCCUUGGGUUUUUGGAAAAGUUUCCUCGGACGCUAUACGAUCUUCGGCCACAAAAAUCCUUUCAUACAUUCUUGAAGAUCAUGGACCAUCAUCUGUACCAAUUUCUCAAGGAUGGUUAGCCAUUCUCCUAAAUGAAGUUCUGGCUUCCGUCAAGGCUUCAUCUAAUAAGGGUGGCAUUCAGCCUAAAAGUGAUAAAGUGAAGACCCAAAUUGAUCAAUCCAACAUUCUGUUUGCUACACAGACUGUUAACCAACUAGCAGGUGCUGUUGUAAAUCUAGCAGGGAAUCAAGUGAGAGCGUCCACUGAUUCUGUUGAUACAUUCCCACUGGCAGAUCUUCUUUCCCUGGAACCUUUUGCUGGACCCUUUCAAAAUUUUAAGAAGGAUGCUAAUGCUAUGUCUAAAUUUAAUGUGGCGGAUUCUGCUUUGGCGACCCUCAAGGGGAUCAAAGCACUGACUGAACUUUGUUCUGAGGAUUCUUUAUGUCAAAGGAAAAUUGCGGAACUUGGGGUCUUGUGUUUACUGAGGCGCUUUUUGUUAUGUGAUGAUUAUGAGAGACUGUCUGCAAUGGAAGCUUAUGAUGCAUCUAGAGCCCUGGAGGCACAGGAGAGGAUUUCAAAUGUCACUGGUGAGACGCCUAAUGCGGCUACUAAUGGUCCUUCUAGUCUUCGAGUUCCACCUACAGCUCACAUUCGACGACAUGCAGCUAGACUGUUGACUGUCCUGUCAAACCUUCCUCAGGUCCAGAAGGCUGUUCUAGCAGAUAAAACUUGGUGUAAAUGGCUUGAGGAUUGUGCUAAUGGGAAGAUCCCAGGUUGCAAUGAUAGUAAAAUACAAAGUUAUGCUAGGGCAACGCUCUUAAAUGUAUUUUGUUGUCACGAAGCUGGUACAAACUUUGUAAAUAGUAAUCUCCCUGAGAGUGGAAGUGCAAACAGAAACAGCAGUUGUCCUCAGUAUAAUGACAUGAUAUUUUUGAUUAAUCCUGAAUUGCCCCACUGGAAGUUCUGUGAAAAUGUGGAAAGUAAGAAAAUUGAAAGUAAUAAAUUAAUGUUGGCUGAGGUUGAUUCAAUCGAUGGUGACAGUUCAUCCAUCACCAAAACUUCAAACAUUACUGAAUGUUCUACUUCCACCAAUGAUUCCCUUAAUGGAUCUGAAUCGGAGGCUCCUCUGCUAGAUGUUGUCUUUGUACAUGGUUUACGUGGUGGGCCUUAUAAGACUUGGCGCUUAGCUGAGGACAAAGCCUCAACUAAAUCUGGCUUGGUGGAGAAGAUUGAUGAGGAAGCUGGGAAGCUAGGGACAUUUUGGCCUGCUGAAUGGCUCUCAGCUGAUUUGUCCCAAAUACGUAUGUUUACCCUCAAAUACAAGACUAAUCUUACACAAUGGUCUGGGGCUACACUGCCUCUUCAGGAAGUCAGCUCCAAGCUGUUGGAGAAGGUUGUUGCUGCAGGCAUUGGGAAUCGACCUGUUGUGUUUGUGACUCACAGCAUGGGAGGCCUGGUUGUUAAGCAGAUGCUGCAUAAAGCCAAGGCAGAAAAAAUCAAUAAACUUGUGAACAACACUGUUGGAAUCGUGUUCUACAGCUGUCCACACUUUGGCAGUAAACUAGCUGACAUGCCUUGGCGAAUGGGCCUUGUGUUUCGCCCUGCUCCAACUAUAGGGGAGCUAAGAAGUGGGUCCCCUCGAUUAGUUGAGCUUAACGACUUCAUUCGCCAUCUUCACAAGAAAAGAUUGGUUGAAGUCCUCAGUUUCUGUGAGACCAAGGUAACUCCAAUAGUUGAAGGGUAUGGGGGAUGGGCCUUCAGGAUGGAAAUUGUAUCAAUUGAAUCAGCAUACCCUGGAUUUGGCGAACUUGUUGUGCUAGAAUCAACAGAUCAUAUAAAUUCUUGCAAGCCAAUCAACCGCAAUGAUCCUUCCUAUAAAGAGACAUUACAGUUUUUGUGCAAGCUAAAAGCCCGUUAUUCAAAAGGGGAUACUUCACUGUGAUCUUAUAUGCCUGAAAAUGGGUGUUGAUGAUAAUCACGCAAAAGUUUGGGUAAAGCUUUGAAUUUGCAUGGAGACUGAAACAAAUUUGGACUUUCUGGAUGGCAAUCCAUCUGCAACUUAGUAACCUGCAAUUUAAAUCGCUGACCUAAUGAGAUGAAGCUUCCAGACAACCUAUUCUUUUUCAAUCAUCAUACACUUACAAAAAAAGAAUUAUUUGUACAUUGGUUUUUUUCAUUUGUUGUCUUUAAAGUUGUACAUUGAUGUUGUAUAUCAUAUCUUUCUCAUGUACGCUAGCGUCUGUAAAUAAGCCUACACGAUAGAGUAGGUUCAAGGGUGUUGUAUAUACUUGAGGAAGAAAAGGAAUUUUGUGACAGUUAACAGAAAUUGUUUAGUUUGGAUAGCAAUACUGCAGUUUGUUUUGAUCGUA